UUGAAAAGAUUCGACAAAAUGAUGACAUCAGCAUGAUGUAACGAUUCGUUGGCUGAAGUCUGUAUUUCUUUUAUCUUAGCCUUUAGCCGGUUACCUGCAUAUGAAUAUGGAUUUAGAGGCCAUUUUGGUUAGAUUAUCUGAAGCAGAACACUUGUUAGAAAGAGUGAACAGUUUCAAAAAAGACGGAACCCAUUUGGAAGGUUCGUUAAAGUUGGCCAAUCGCAUUAAAUCGGAAAUUCGGUUUUUGGAGAAAUUGAAAGAUGGAAAAGUCGUAUUUAAACAAAGUCACCUCAUAAGCACAAACCUCACGAGUUUGACUGCUACAAUAGAUGCUGUGGAAGAUGUGGGAGUUUUUCGUAUUUCUUCUGUGCUACUUAAUGUCAACUAUGUUCCAAAAGAUGACCCUCUGGAAACACAGCAAUCGAUUUGCAUUGAUAUUGUGGCCAACAAAGGACAUGUUUGGGUGAAAGUAAUUGCACGUAAUGCAUCUGCUUUGCAUUCAUCAAUGCUCGGUCAAGGUCAGUUUGGAGAUCGGAGUUUGAUGGAUGUUGCGGAACAUUUUGUGGAUGCUGCGGAUCAGAAUCAUGUAGACUUCAAACCUCCAAGGAUAAUUUUCCGGUUUGCUCAUGGCUUGCCGGCAGAGUUAGGUCGGAAAUUGGACAAGCUUGGAAUACUUGUUGAUGGAGAAGUAGUGUCUGGGUUCGAGGAAGAAGACUUUGGCUCCUCGGAAGAUGAGGAGGAAAAGGGUCAUCAUGUUGAAGUAAAAACGAUUCUAAUAAAGGAAUAUUUAGAACAAAACUUUGACGAUAUGCGGUCAAAUUCUAGUCAAUCCUUGCUCAGUUCAAAACAUGAAAAUUUUCCAGAAGUUUUAACAGCCAACUUGGACAUUACGACUCUCCUAUCUUUGGUGUCAAAUCUAUGCAAUGGUGGGAAUUAUUAUAAAUAUGGAAUCCCUGUGUUGGAUGAACAAGCAAGGCAGGAGAGAGAAAACCCAGUUUUGCCGAAAUUGAAUGAAUUUUUAAAAAAUAAGAAGCUGAUUGUCUGCGAAACAGCGGUAAAAAGCUUUCAAACCAUUGUUGCCACCAUUGGUGGUCCCAAUGAAAAAGAAAGGACAGAAGCGUUGUUAAAAAAAAUAUCAGUGGUCCCUGAUAUUAUGUCUCAUAGAACUUUAAACUUGAAGUCAAGUGGAAAAAUCAAUAAAAGAUCAAAAGUAAUAUUUGGAAGUGGUGACUACCAUAAAGCUACAACGGUCACUGCAAACACUGGCUAUGUAAGAGCAGCCUCACAAAAUGGUGUUCAGUAUUCUGUGUUUAUUCAUGAUGCAAGAGCACUUACUGAAAACAAGGAAAAAGAUGCAAUAUUAUGUAAUGAGCCGAUUGUGUAGGACAUUGUUUGUAAACCAUUACACUGUAUUGGGGCCAUUCUGCCUUUAUUGUUUUUGUUUAAUAUGACAACUUUGUUUCCUUUUUGACUGAAUUUUAUGUAUAGGCCUGCAAAAGAUAUUUUGUAGUGUUGAUUUUCUUACUUUACUUCACAUUAUUUGCAUCUGCUGUUUAUUCUAAUACCUUGUGUUACCUUCUCUUCUUAAUUGUUGCUAAAUACGUUUAAAUUGCAAUUAUUCCUUUGCUGAGCCGUUUUUCCUGUGUUCAUAAACAGUUUAGUUUAAAAAUGAACCUAAUCUUAGAUCUAUUGCA